AUGUCCUUCCUUCGUUUGGCUGUUCGAAGCGUAGCCCGCCCACGGCUCGCGGUAGCCCUUCCCCAAAAGCCUACUCGGGUUCUCCGAUAUGCUGCGUAUUCUGCAGCAGCAGGGCUUUCAAAAGAGCAAAUCACGACGCGUGUGUUAGAUGUGUUGAAAGGUUUCGAGAAAGUCGACCUAGUGAAGCUCAGUGCAACGUCAUCAUUCACGGACGAUCUCGGACUUGACAGCCUGGACGCGGUUGAAGUCGUUAUGGCGGUGGAAGAGGAGUUCGCUAUUGAGAUCCCUGAUGCGGAAGCCGACGAAAUCAAAACAGUGCAGCAGGCGAUCGACUAUAUCGCGAAGACACCAGAGGCUCACUAG